AAUGGAAAUCCAUGAUCUCCCUAUUACACAACCACAACCAUAACCAAUACAACUUCCCACUCUCUAUCCCCCCCUCUCCCAUGCUCGCUAUGCUCGCUAUGCCCGCUGAACCCGCUGCGCCGUACAUACCUAGGUACUCCAAGCAACACAUAGCAACACAGCAGGGCAAAGCCGGACAAAAGAGACAUGGGGUAGUUUGAAGUUUCGGGCAAUUAGGCCUGUUAUAAACGCCCUCAUUCUUAUGUCGAUCAUCUAUACUUAUACCGUAAGGUACUACAGAGAAACCUGACCUAGGAUUACACCAACAAGAUGUUGAUCGUCCGGUGUCUACCGAUCUCUUUCUAGGAAAAAACCAUCUGAUCGAUCCUAUCUAUAUAAAAGAGAACAGCCUCCAUUGACUUUCCCGUUGUUUACGUACACUUUUGUUCGCUCACUACACGUGCAGUAAGGCAAUCUAGUCUCAUCUUACAUAGGAUCGAUCUAAACACAUCCAAUCGAUCCGUUCGUUCGUUACCCAAGGUACAUCCACAAUAUAUAAUCGAUUAAAAUGGCACCUCUACGUGUUCUCGCACCGGCCGCUUUCGUAGCGCUCGCUUCCGCGAUUAGCGUCUCGGACUACAUCCCGUCUUGCGGUACUCAGUGCAUUACCGAUACUGUCGACCAGCACACUACCUGCGAUGCCACCGACAACGCUUGCAUUUGCCGUGAGACUUACACCGUCAAGCGCGACGGUGAGGUAUGCUUGCGCCAGGCUUGCUCUACCACCGACUAUGGUGGUGUCAUGAGCGGGUUCGACAACUUCUGCAAGGCCGUUAGCGGAGAGCCGACUAGCAGUAGCAGCAGCUCAACCAGCAGCCCUACUGACACUCCUACCUCGAGCUCUUCCUACCCAUCCAGCACACCGUCUUCCACGGAGUCUUCCUCCACCGAAACCGGCAGCUCAUCCAGCUACCCUACCGAGACCGCGAGCUCUUCCUCCGGUUCCUCAUACCCUACUUCCUCCGGCAGCCAGUCUUCAGGCACUGGCUACCCGAGCUCUUCUGGCGGCGCUACUGGAUACCCCACAUCGACUGGCGGCAGCUCACCGUCCGGUCCCUCGUCGGGUCUGCCUAGCCCCUCGUCCUCGACUACUGCUACCCCGAGCCCGAUCCCCGGUAGUGCUGCCACCCGCGCUGAUGCGCGCGUCGGUGCUAGCAUUGCUGCGCUCCUGCUUGCUAGCGGUUUCGCUUACUUCGCUUUGUAAGCCGUUGCAACUAGCUGGCUAAUCGCGUAUGAGUGAUGAUCUGAUUUGAAUCGCGGGUUUAUGGGACAUCGGAAUAUUUUGAAGUUUGUUAAUGCCAGGCUGAAAAUGAAUAACCUAACCCUCGAGGAAGGGCUUAUCAUCGACCCUCCUAGUUGAGGAAUUCUUAAAAUUGAUAACUUGUAGAUAGCUUUGACCUAUGCGUGCGCUUUAUAUAAGGCAUGCGAGUAUAUAUAUUGAAUCCAUAC